AUGACCCUCACCGAUAUCCUCAGUGCUUCUGACAUCGCUGCUGCCCUGAGGGACUGCCAAGCUCCUGACUCCUUCAAUUUCAAAAAAUUCUUCCAAACUUGUGGGCUGACUAAAAAGUCAGCUGCUCAAGUGAAAGACAUCUUCCGAAUUCUAGAUAAUGAUCAGAGCGGGUUCAUCGAAGAGGAAGAGCUCAAGUACUUCCUUCAGCGUUUUGAACAAAGCGCAAGAGAACUGACUUCCACAGAAACUAGAGAAUUUAUGCUUGCUGCUGACCAUGAUAAUGAUGGAAGAAUUGGAGCUGAAGAGUUCCAAGAAAUGGUUCAUUCUUAA